AUGACUGCUUACAUGGCCAGUCAACCACUUUUGGAUGGACUUUCCUCCCCGAACAGGGAUUUUUCAAAUAUAUUAUCAAGGCUUUUCAGCUUCAAAGACUUUCCACAGGAAUAUUAUAAGAUUUUCCUGACAAAACUUGCCAACAGAGGAUUUUACUAUACUCUCGAUGACGACAAAGUGCGUUGCUUUUCAUGUGGGCUUUGCUUACAUGUGUCUGACCUCAAGGAACUAGACAACAUUUCUUUAAUUCACCAAGAAAGGUCUCGUGGAUGUUUAUUUAUCUCAGACUUCAUCAAUCAACAAAAUGAUAUUGCAGCUAACUCUUCCAAAACAGCAUUUCCAGAUUAUUUCAUUGGACGAGAUCGGAUUACAAGUCUGGAAAGUGCUUCUAUUUCCCAUUCUUUAGCAACGAUUAUGGCAAAGAACGGACUUUUCUUUGAUAAGGAAAUACAGAAAGUUCGAUGUUUCCAAUGUGGAAAAAAGAUUAACUAUCACGAAAACAAAAAGUACAUGGAAAUGCACACAGAACAUGCAAAGAAAUCUCCAAAGUGCCCUUUUCUAAGACGAAAACCAGUUCAUACAUUAACAGAGUGGAGUCUUGACGGCGCUAUCGAAAAUGCAAAUGCUGAAAUAUGUCCUCCCUCCAGUACAGACGUAAUGCUGGAUGCAGCAGCAUGCCAUAAACGCAUGCGUUGUCGCAACUGUCAACAUAAUGAGAAAUGUAUAACGUUUAUUCCUUGUUGUCAUUCUUGUCUUUGCAAAGAUUGCUGUCAACAAAUGAGACCUAAAUAUUGUCUCGGUUGUCAACAAGAAAUUAAGGAAUUUUUUGAGUUUAAAUUGGCGAAUCUAUAA